AUUUGAGUCACAAUUUAGGAGAUUGGUCUGUGUUACUUUCUUCAGUUUGGUGGUUUGACGAAGACACAAGAGAAACUCACUGGACAAGAUGGAGCAUCCUGCAGAAGAAGUGCCCAGGGCCAGAGGAAGCCUGACAGGCAGUGAACAAGCCCUUCUGGGACCUACAAUAAGAGGGGGCUCCAACAGCCGCGCCCUGAAGAUUGCCGGCCUGACGACCCUGGCAUGUCUUCUGCUGGCCAGCCAGGUCUUCACCGCCUACAUGGUGUUUAACCAGAAGCAGCAGAUCCACACGCUGCAGAAGAACUCAGAGAGGAUGAGCAAGCAGGUGACCCGCUCAUCACAGGGAGCUGGUGCUCCAAUGAGGAUGGCCAUGCCCAUGAAGACCCUGCCCCUGCUCAUGGACUUCAAUCCAGAUGAGGACUCCAAGAAACCCACAGAAGAGACCGCUGUCGUUAGUGUGGAGAAACAGCUGAUGGAGCUCAUGCAGGACUCCAGCAUGCCACACUUCAAUGAGACCUUCCUGGACAACCUGCAGAGCCUGAAGCAGCAGAUCAACGAGAGCGACUGGAAGAAAUUUGAGUCCUGGAUGCGCUACUGGCUGAUCUUCCAGCUGGCACAGCAGAAGCCUCCAGCCCCACCCACUCAGUCAGCCCCUUUGAUCAAGACCAAAUGCCAGAUGGAGGCGGCACCUGGAGGCAGCAAGAUCGGCUCGUACAAGCCCCAGUGUGACGAGCAGGGACGCUACAAGCCCAUGCAGUGCUGGCACGCCACCGGCUUCUGCUGGUGCGUCGACGAGAGCGGCAACCCCAUCGAGGGCACCUCCAUCCGCGGCCGCCCCGACUGCCACAGAGGCGCACCCGCUUAUGGCCGCCGCAUGAUGGUCCCACCCAUGCUGAUGCAGAAGACCUUCAACCCAGAGGAGGACAAAGCAUGAAGCCCGGCGUCUCUUUUCAACCAGCAAUCUCAGCAAAUAUAAUUAACUGGUUAUGAUAAACCCAUUGCUUACCUGCCCAUAAUGACAGUUUUGAUUCCCUGGUGAGCUUUUCCUCCACAUAUUGCAUUGAUUUGAAUCCCUUUACUGCUUAGCUGCUUGAAAUCAAAUAAACAGAGGCCUGUUACAUGUUAGUGCUUUUAAUCAUUUUCUAAUUUUUUACCUUUAAAGGGAAUUUAUUAUGGAGUGUUCAUAUAAUCUACAUUAAGUACAUUAAACUAUGUGAGUGUUAAAUGUGUUUGUUUGUAAAAGAAAGCUUAAAGGGUCAGUUCACCCCAAUCACACACACACAAAAAAAAAGAGGAGGAAGAGUUCCAACAACACUCAGCGGAAGAUUCUUAUGGUGCGCGCAGUAUUGGAAAUGUUCAUUUAAAAAUGCAAACAGCCAAAAGCACCUUUUUUUCCGGAAAUGGUGUCCCAUUCCCCAUUGUUCGGAGGGAAGGCGACGCUGUUUCUGGAAAGAGGUGGGGCUGUUUGACUUUUUUGAAUGAGUUAUCAUUUAAUGUAAUUUGGGUGAACCUACCCUUUAAUGAAUGUAAGCACACGAGCUGACUUGACCUCUGUGUUUGUGUUCGGAUGGUUAAAUAAAGUUCUCCUGACAACACAGUUUGCAUUUUUAACUGCUAAAAGCUGUAGUGGUAACAAGGCCUGAAUAAAAUUUGACCUGAUUAGA